CGUAGAACUACGGAGACGGCGAGUGUUCUCAGAAGGCACGGAUUGCGUGGGCGCCAUAGCAGUGGCAGACAGCUUAUUAGUUUGGAGAAGAGUGUGUGCGCCGCAGGGCGAUGUGAAGUGCGCCAGAUCAGAUCGUGUCGCGAGUGAGUGAGUGAGUGCCGGCGGUUUGUUCGCGAUCCUCGCCCGAAACUCGGAAGUCAGCGGGCGGCUGCUUGUCGACCAGUCACGCCCACGUCUUUGCCUUUCAUCUUUUUACCCUGAUCGGCGGCCAUGGAGGGCUACCACCAGCAGCAGCACCAGCUGCAGCUGCAGCAGCAGCACGACUCCUCCUACAACUCGACCAGCGAGAACGAGAUGGAGUCCGACGCAGAGGACGACCCCGAGAAGCUGCUCAACGCCUGGCUGGGCGAGCUCCACUCUCUCACCGGGGGCCUGGACAGCGUGGCGCAAUGCGCGAUGCGGCCACUCAACUCGCAUCUCAACACGCCGAGGAUAGACAGCUACAGGUUCAGCAUGGCCAACCUAGAGGACUCGCAGGAGACGGAGCUGGACGCCAUCUUGGGCGAGCUGUGCGCCCUGGAGACGCAGUGCGACCAGGCGCUGAGUGCCAACGCCGCCGCCAGGCGGCAGCACCUGCAGCCCAAGCCCGCGGCCGGUGAGCCGCAGCCCGCCCCCGCCCCCGCGCGGCAGCAGCAGCAGCAGCAGCAGCCCCGGAUGACGCACUCGCGCUCCAGCUCCGAGGGCGCCCGGGCCAAGCCGGAGGGCGACGACGCCGGCCGCGAACACGUGGUGCGGACGGACAGCCCCGACAACGACUCCGCCUUCUCGGACAACGUGUCGAUGCUCUCCAGCGAGAGUUCGGCGUCCAGCGGCGGCAGCGGCGGCCGGGUGGUGGGCGCGUCCGGAGCCGCCGACCCCGGGAAGGCCGGGCAGCCCGUCUCGCCGACGUCGCAGACGGACGUGGCGAGCCGCGCCAAGGCGGAGAAGAUAAAGAUCGCACUGGAGAAGAUGCGGGAGGCGAGCGUGAAGAAGCUCUUCAUCAAGGCGUUCGGCGGCGACGGCAGCUCCAAGAGCCUGCUGGUGGACGAGUCGAUGACGGCGGGCCACGUGGCGCGGCUGCUCGCCGACAAGAACCACACCGCCAUGGACCCGGGCUGGGCCGUCGUCGAGCACCUGCCCGAGCUGCACAUGGAGCGUGCCUACGAGGAUCACGAGCUGCUGGUGGAGAACCUGCUGAUGUGGACCCGCGACUCGAAGAACAAGCUGCUGUUCGUGGAGCGGCCCGAGAAGGUGGCGCUCUUCACCGGCCCGGAGCUGUUCCUGCUGCCGCCCGGGCAGCGCGGCUGCGCGCAGUCGGACUUCGACGACCACUCCCGCACCCUGCUGCUCGAGGAAUUCUUCUCGGGCGGAGCGGGCGUGCCGGAGGUGGAGGGCCCGCUGUUCCUCAAGUCGGACUCGAAGAAGGGCUGGAAGCGGCACCACUUCGUGCUGCGCGCCUCCGGCCUCUACUACCUGCCCAAGGAGAAGGCGCGCGGCGGCGGGGGCGGGUCCUCUGCCCGCGACCUCGCGCACCUCGCCUCCUUCGACGUCAACCAGGUCUACUACGGCGUGGGCUGGCGCAAGAAGUACAAGGCGCCGACCGACUUCUGCUUCGCCAUCAAGCACCCGCGCCUGCAGCAGCCCAAGUCGACCAAGUACAUCAAGUUCCUGUGUGCCGAGGACGAGGCCUCGCUGCACCGGUGGGUCGUCGGCAUCCGCCUCGCCAAGUUUGGCCGCCAGCUGAUGGACAACUACCGGGCGCUGGUGGACGAGCUGGCGCAGGACGACCUGGACCAGCUGGCGCAGGCGCGCUCCUGCUCCGUCAGUUCCAUCGCGCCCGCGCUCGGGGGCGGCGGCGCGCGGUCCGGCGUGACUGGGGGCGCGGGCUCGCCCUCGGACUCGCCCGGCGGGGGCGGGGGCACGGCGGCGGACGCCGUCUCGACCGGCUCCAGCUCGAGCGGCUGCCUGAGUGACGGGUGCUGCGGCAGUGCGGCCGGCAGCGGCGGCACCGCCUCCACGCUCUCCGGCAACACGGCGGCCGCCGGGUUCGAGUGCGACUUCCCGACGACGGGCACGAUCAAGCGGAAGCCGUCGGUGAACCCGAAGCUGCCGCUGACGUCGAUCACGCGGCAGCUGAAGGAGGUGGGUGAGACCGUGGCCUGCACCCCAUCGACGCCUUCUCCCUCGACGGCGGCCACCACGCCCACGUCCGUCUUCUCCCCGUCGGUCGACCUGGCGGAUUCUGUGAACGUCAACGUGGGCACUAUCCAGAGAGCAGGUUCGGUGCGGAGGCGGCGGUCGUGCCAGAUGCCUUCGACGCCGGACGGCGGGGGCGGCGCGGACGGCGGCAGCAACUCGAGCACCCUCAAACGGCACCACAGCGUCGGGGGCGGGUCGGCCCGGAGCUCCGCCUCCGCCUCCUCGUCCAGCUCGUCCACCCCCGUCAGGGAGCCACCCCCACCGCUGUCCGUGCCGGCAGAGCCGGAGGUGGAGGAGGAGCUGCCGCCGCCCCCGCCGGACAUGUUCGAGAGCACGCUGAGCCUGGACUCGCUGCCGCCCCCGCCGCCGCCGCAGCCUGCCGAGCUGUCGGGCAGCCGGCUGAGCCUGGCCUCUCUGCCCCCGCCGCCCCCGCCUUACCGCCCGCCGCCCCCUGCACCGACGCCCGCGCCGCCCUCGGACGCCUCCGCCCCGACAGACUGCCAGUCGCCGACGCGCCGGGGGCCACUCGCCGCCCCUCCUCCGGUGUACUCGGCGCCUCCGUACCUGGCGGAGCUGAAGGCGGCGGGUGCGGCGCCGUGCGGCCAGCCGGGGUCUCCGCUGGCGAGCAGGCGGCCCGGGUCCCCGCCGCCUCCGACGCCGCCCCCGGCGACGCCUCGCAGCCCCGUGCCGCUCGCCGAGACGCAGCAGAGGUCGCGCACUGCUGGGAAGAAGAUCUCGUUCGCCAUCCCGGCAGAGAGCCCGGGGGCGGACGGCACGCGGUCCCUGCCGCCCCCCGCCUCCCGCAAGCCGCCGCCGCCCCGCCGGUCGGAGUCGACGCGGCUGACGACGCUGCCGGCUCCGCAGCAGCUGGCCCCGCCCCCGAAGGACUUCCUGAAGGACCUGCAGAGGGUCAUGAAGAAGAAGUGGCAGGUCGCACAGAAGUGCAAGGCCGACCUGUCGACGACACCGCACGAGGUGCUCGGCUUCCGCGACGCGCCUCCCCCGCCGCUGCCGCCUCCGGACGUCCGGCGGGAGAACAGUGUGCUGGACUGGGUGCAGGAGCACUACGGGGGCGGCGGGGGCGGUGCGCCCCACCAGUACAACCUCUACGAGAACGUCUACCUGGUGGGGGGCGGCGGGUCACCCGCCCACGCGCCGCCCGCCGUCAACGGCCAGCACUGCCCGCCGUACUGUCACCACCCCCACCCCCGGCACCCGGACGGGGCACCGCCCCCGACAGCCGUGGACUACCGAGCAGGUCCGGCUCCGGGCUCGCGGCUCUCCCGUCAGAACAGCGUGGCGGCUGCCAUCGCCGCCAAGAAGAGGCCGCCGCCGCCGCCCCCGAAACGCUCGGAGACGACGCAGCUGACGACGAUGGCGGUUCCGCCGCACGCGCGGGUGCCCCUGCCGCCGCCUCCGCCGCCGCACCCCUCGCGCUGACGCCGCCCCCGCGGCCGGUAGAGCUGCGCCCCCGGCCGUCCCCGCGGCCGCCGCCACCACCCUUGCGGACUCAUCUGACGGCCGGCGGGGUCGCGCCGGGGUCACGGGAAGU